UAAAAAUCGUAUAAAAAAGAAACAAUUAGUAAAAAAUCCUAGUUCCUACACUCUCUCUAUCCCUCUCCACCAGCUCUAUCUAUACAAAUGAUUUUUAAAAAAUAAAAAAAAGUUCUCUUAUAAACUUUUGCACAGCCAAAAUUCUUAUAUCUAGAAGAGAAAUAAUUACUCUUACCAAAGAAAUGAUGAGAUGUAAAUGUCUCCUUUUACUAUUGAUCAUUACUUUGGCCUACAUUGGAGUUUCUGCCAAGAACCACUCUUCAAGACCUAGAUUAAGAAGAAAUGAUUUCCCAGAAGAUUUCAUUUUUGGAUCUGCUACUUCUGCAUAUAAGUGUGAAGGUGCUGCUCAUGAAGAUGGUAGAGGCCCAAGUAUCUGGGACACCUACUCUGAAAAUUUCCCAGAGAAAAUAAUGGAUGGUAGUAACGGGUCUAUUGCAGAUGAUUCUUACUACCUUUACAAGGAAGAUGUGAAUUUGCUGCAUCAGAUUGACUUCAAUGCUUACCGUUUCUCCAUCUCCUGGUCACGGAUUUUGCCUCGUGGGGAUCUAAAUGGAGGAAUAAACCAGGCUGGGAUUAACUAUUACAACAACUUGAUCAAUCAACUUAUGUUAAAAGGAGUGAAGCCAUUUGUCACAAUCUUUCACUGGGAUUUACCAGAUGCACUCGAAGAUGCUUACGGUGGCUUUCUUGGAUCCAAGAUUGUGGAUGAUUUCAGGGACUAUGCGGAGCUCUGUUUCCAGAAGUUCGGAGAUAGAGUGAAGCAUUGGGUGACACUAAACGAGCCGUUUACAGUGGUACAUCAAGGUUAUACAACAGGGGAAAAGACACCUGGAAGAUGUUCCAGUUUCACUAAACCUGACUGCACCGGCGGCGAUGGAGCCACCGAGCCUUACAUCGUCGGCCAUAACUUGCUCCUCGCUCAUGGAGCCGCCGUAAAAGUCUACCGAGAAAAGUACCAAGUAUGUUUCUCCUGUUUCCAUAACUUACUCUGUUUCCAUCAUCCUCUGUUUUACUCUGUUUCAUGCUCUGCUUUUCUCUGUUUCCGCUAUGUUCUGCUUUUGCAAUGCAUUGUGUCUACUCUACUCUGUCUAUUUGAACUUUACAACUCUGGGAAUCGGUUUCCGAUUGGCACUACCCUUACUCGAGCCACGGCCUUCACCUUCGAAUACUUCAUGGAGCCAAUCGUCAACGGUAAAUAUCCGACAGAAAUGGUUAAUCACGUCAAAGACGGUCGUCUUCCUACUUUCACACCAGAAGAGUCUUCGAUGUUUAAAGGAUCGUACGAUUUCAUAGGCAUUAACUAUUACUCAUCGUCUUACGUAAAAAGCGUGCCGUGUGCAACUGAAAACAUCACCAUGUCCACUGAUUCUUGCGUCAGCAUCGUAGGUGAGCGAAAUGGAGUGCCUAUCGGUCCAAAGGCUGGGUCGGACUGGGUUUUGAUAUGCCCCGAGGGUAUUCGUGAUCUUCUACUUCAUGCAAAAUACAAAUUCAAUGAUCCCGUCUUGUACAUAACAGAAAACGGAGUGGAUGAAGCUAGUAUUGGAGAAAUCUUUCUUAAUGGCGACUUGAGAAUUGACUACUAUGCACAACACCUUAAGAUGGUUCGCGAUGCAAUCUCGAUGGGUGUGAAUGUGAAAGGGUAUUUUGCGUGGUCGUUGAUGGACAACUUCGAAUGGGCCGAAGGAUAUACGGUCAGGUUCGGGCUAGUGUUUGUGGACUUUGCAAAUGGACGUAAGAGGUACCGAAGAAAUCAGCUAAGUGGUUUAGGAGAUUGUUGAAGGGAGAGGUCAAUAGGACGAUGCAGCAAGUGGCUGUUAUCUAAUUUUAUUAAUCAGUUUAAUUUGUUCUGCUAUUUGUAAUACGUUUCGUUUUUUUUUUUUUGAUGUACAGAAAAUAAAUUUUUCAAAUAAGGUUUGGUCUUGUUGGAUGUUAAUUUAAUACUGAAAAAAGCAUUAAUCUCAUACUUUUU